AUGAGCUUGACAGCUUUCCAAGACAACAAGAGCAAGCUGUGCAAGCUGCUCCAACAGCUAUUGAAGAGAUCCUUGGCUCUUGACGAUGUCAGGUGGGCACACUUUUCGAAGCAGGGUUUGUUCCUCGCUUCCGUGGAAGUGCCCGCCUGUGGUCUAGUAACCGAAGGUUCCGCGUGCAAGACGAAAAAGGAGGCAGAACAGAGUGCAGCUGGCGAUGCUUUGAGGCUGCUUGAGCGAAGCAAUGUGACCGCGACAGGCAGCACCAGCAAGGCCAACGAGAUAGAGCCAGUGGGACCUUUGUCAUUGCCAUGUCAAGAGAAUACUCAGGGCGAGCGCUCGCUGUGCAUACUCCUUCCAGGUGCAAGUGGUUUAUCGUCAACAGAUCCUGGCAGAUGUGCAAGGCCAGAACUGCGUCGACAAGCAGCUUGCGAAGCAAGACGCCGCGUGGCAAGCAUGCCAAGCCUUGGUCCGGGCCAGGGUGAAGAGCACUGA